GCUUCCGAGUUUCAUGCUCCGAGUUGGAAAAGUGUAGUCCAAACUCCAAAUGCAGAGACUCAAUUUUUAAAUAAAAAAUAGAAAAAAAUUAGGGCUAAAAAUUGAACACAAAGGAAACUCCUUUAUACUUCACACACUUUCUCUCUCAUCCUAUCUAUCUUUCAAUCUCUAUCAUCCCCGUGUUUUCCAGUGAAUCCUUUAAUGGCGGUUUUUGAAAUCUAGUCAACAACAUUAAGGAUCUGUUGGAUCCGUUUUGGUUGUGUUGAUUUCAUAAAAGAAUUGAUUUUGUGCUUAAUUUGUUCGAAACCCUAGGAAUUUUUAGGGUAAAUUUUUCCAUUGAAUUUUCUGGUAAAUGGAAACUCCGGUUGUUAAAACGAGGGGUCGACCUAGAAAGCGAAUUAGAGAGGAACAUUUACAAAACGGGGAAAAUUUAAAGGUUAAUGGUAAUGAAAAUGGAGGUGCAUACAAUGUGGUGGGUUCUAAUAACGACAUUAAUGUGGGAAAUUUGAAGAAUUCUGGAAAUUCUCGUAAACGAGGGCGUCCUCCGAAGAGGAGGGCAGUCGAUGUACGAGGAGAGGCGGUGGUGGGUCGUUAUGUGUUGAAGGAGUUUGAAGGGAGUGGUGUUUUCUUAGGGAAAAUUGUUUCGUAUGAUUCUGGUUUGUAUAGGGUUGAUUAUGAGGAUGGAGAUUUUGAGGACUUAGAUAGUGAUGAGUUGCGCCAACAUUUGAUUGCCGAUGAACAUCAAAAGUUUGUGGGUGAUUUGUUGGAAAGGAGGAGGACAUUAGAUGAAAAUGUAGCUAAAAAAACUGAUGUUGCUUUGAAAAAUGAACUGAAAAAUAGGGUUGCUGUCAAGGUAGUUGAGCAAGCUGGCAAAGGGGAUGUGGUGGAGUUGAUUGAUAACGCGGAGAAAAAGGGCAAUGAAAAUUCGCAAGAUGAGGUUCUAGCGUGGAGUGAGCAUUUUGAUGAGGAAGUUGAAGAUGACAUUUCGGAUUCCUCGAGUGAUUCAUUUGCUUAUGGUGAGGGUUGGGAUACUAGGUCAGAGAUUGAGAUCCCUACCCAGCCCCCUCCAGAAUUGCCUCCAUCUUCGGGGACUAUUGGUGUGCCUGAGGAAUAUGUAUCACAUUUGUUUUCAGUAUAUGGGUUUCUUCGUUCAUUUAGUUUUUGCUUGUUUUUGAGCCCUUUCUCAUUGGAUGAUCUUGUUGGUUGUCUCAAUUGCAAUGUUCCGAGUACAUUAUUGGAUGCCAUUCAUGUUGCUCUCUUGCGGGCUUUGAGACGACAUCUUGAGGCUCAAGCUUCCGAUGGAUCUGAGCUCGCAUCUAAAUGUUUGAGAUGUAUUGACUGGUGUUUGCUAGAUAUAUUGACCUGGCCAGUGUUUCUGGUACACUAUUUGAUGACAAUGGGACAUUUUAACCAAAAAGAAUGGAAGGGAUUUUACAUCGAUGUUUUGGAGAAGGAUUACUGUACCUUGACUAUUGGGACGAAGUUGUCUGUUCUACAGAUUUUAUGUGAUGAUGCUUUAGAUAGUGCAGAAAUAAGAGCAGAGAUUGAUGUUCGGGAAGGGUCCGAAGUUGGGGUAGAUUUUGAUGGGGUUACAUUUUCAUCAAACCCUCUUGAGAACUGGCCUAGGAAGGUGUAUCCCAGAUCUGUUAAAACAUCUAUCGGAAAGGACAGAGAUAACGCGAAGCUGGAGGCAGGAGAAAAUAUUUCAUUUGGAUCAAAUUGUUCGAUUGCAAAGGGCAAUAUUCAUGACGCCAAGUCUGAUAACAAUGAUGAGGAUGUCAAUGGGGACGAAUGCAGGCUUUGUGGAAUGGAAGGGAUGUUGCUUUGCUGUGAUGGUUGUCCAUCAGCUUAUCACUCAAGAUGCAUAGGCGUGAACAAGCUAUCAAUUCCUGAAGGAGAAUGGUAUUGUCAUGAAUGUAAAAUCAGCCGAUUCGAUCCACUCAUUACUAAGGAAACAUUGUUGAAAGGAGCUGAAGUUUUCGGUGUCGAUCCAUAUGGGCUGUUGUUUUUGGGUACUUGCAAUCACUUAUUGGUGCUGAAGCUUUCUGUAAAGUCAUCGUCUUUUGUCAAAUAUUACAGCAGCAAUGAUAUUCCACAAGUUGUAACAGCCCUUUGUUCGUCUGUGCACCAUGCAGUAUCUUAUGCUGCCAUCUGUCAGGCAGUUUUAAAGUAUUGGGAAUUGCCACAGUUUAGUUUACCACCUCAUAUAUUUCAAACCAUGGAUCUGGGAAAGAAAGAUGACGGGCGUGCAUUGUCUUGUGCUGAGUAUGAAAAUCAGUUUUUAAACAAGGUUGAACAUGAAGACUAUGUUCGUGGUGUAGGGGAAAGCAUCUUAAACCAUGCAUCUGGAGGUGUGGAAAAGUGUUUCGUUACACCAGGUUCUGAUGGUGCUUUGCUAGGCGCUCCAAUGCAAAAUGAUCUUUCUUCGCCAAUAAUUAAUGAGAUCACAAUGAAUGAGGUUUCAACAACUAUCCUCUGCAAGAUGUCGGAGCAUGCUGCGCUUUCGUGCUCACCCCUGCGAGGGUUGGCUGAUGGUUCUAGUACAACAGGAGGUUUUUCAUGCAAUGAUCUAGCACAGAACAAUGCUGCGUUUCUGUCUGGCAUUGAAGCUUGGUUUAGAACUGUCCCGCAACAGAAUGAUACUUGCUUAUACAUGGGAUCUGUUUUUAAAUCUCAUGCAUACAUAAAUCAUUAUGUGCAUGGGGAGUUUGCAGCAUCUGCUGCUGCUAAUUUUUCCAUGCUUUCUUCUGAUGAAAAGCGAUUAUCUGAGGUUCAUGCAUCUGAUCCCAGGAAAGUUAUGGCUGCUAAUGUUGCGCUGCAGAUAAAAGCUUUCUCUUCUGCAGCAUCCCGCUUUUUUUGGCCUAGUACUGAAAAAAAAUUAGUAGAAAUACCCAGAGAGCGCUGUAGUUGGUGUUUACAUUGUAAAGCCCCUGUCACGAGCAAGAAGGCUUGCUUACUGAAUCAAGCUGCACUGAAUGCUACAAGAGCAGCGAUGAAAUUUUGUUCUGGAUUGAAAUUUGUGAAAAAUGCAGAGGGUGGCCUAUAUGGUAUAGCAGCGUAUGUGUUGUAUAUGGAAGAAUGUUUACGUGGGUUGGUAGUUGGACCGUUCCAGAGUGCAAGCUAUCAAAAACAAUGGCGUAAAAAAGUAGAGCAUGCUUCUACGUGCAGUGAGAUGAAGUCUCUUUUGCUUGAACUUGAGGAAAAUCUCUCUACAAUUGCAUUUUCAUCAGAAUGGACCAAUCUAGUUGAUAAUUGGACAGAUGAAUCUUCUGUACCUCAGACUGCUUUUGCAACCGGGUCAACUCAGAAAAGAGGUGUAGGGAGACGUAAGAAGCAUCUGUCUACAUCUGAAAUAAUAUCCGAGGAAUCUAAAGAGAGUUUAAGUGAUUUAAAUUGGAAGAUUGGAAAGCUGUCAAAGCUUGUAUUCCAGAGAGGAAUAUUACCUUGUUCAUUCCUUAAAAAAGCAGCUCGACAAGGCGGCACAAGAAGGAUUUUUGGGAUAUGUUAUGCUGAAGGUUCCGAUGUACCCAAGAGAAGCAGGCAGUUCAUAUGGAGAGCAGCUACUCAGAUGGCUAUGAAUGUUUCUGCGCUUGCCCUGCAGGUUAGAUAUCUGGACUGCUAUAUUAAAUGGAAUGAUCUUCUCUGCCCCGAGCAAACUGUACAGGAUGGCAAAGGCUCUGAAACAGAAGCUCAUGCUUUCAAAAAUGCUCGGAUUUUUGGCAAGAAAGAUGUAGAUGGUAAGAUUAUGUAUGGAGUAACUUUUGGACAUCAAAAGCACCUUUCUACUCGCCUGAUGAAAAGUGUUGUAGAGAAAGAAGAAACACAAGAAGGGAAAGAAAAGUAUUGGUUUCUUGAAACUCGUAUUCCCUUGUAUCUGAUUAAAGAGUAUGAGGAAAAUACAGAGAAAAGUUAUUUGCCAUCUUCUAAGAAACCUGAUUGUUAUUCCAAACAUCAAAAGAGACAGUUGAAAGCUUCUCGUAAGAGGGCAAUAUUUCUUUAUCUUACCAAUAAGAGAGAUGGCAUGCAAAUUUGCUUAUGUGCGUCGUGCCACAGAGAUGUUUUACUUGGGGUUUCUGUUGUGUGCAGUGCUUGUGAAGGUUUUUGUCACAAGGCAUGUACAGUUAGUUUGACUGUUCUAACUAGUGAUGAUGUUGAAUUCGUAACCACUUGCAAGCUGUGCUCUUCUGCUGAUACUCUUGCUCAAAACAACAGCACUGUUGAAUCGCCGACAAGUCCAUUGGCAGUGCAGGGACAAGACUAUCAGAAUCCUGCUUCACUUGCCAAAAGUGCAAGGUUGAAAGCUACUACUCAACAACAUACAAGACCUAAAAGUAAUGGCAAAACAGUUCCCUCUGUUGGAACUUUAGAAAACCGAUCAGACAAGAAAACAACCCCAUCUGAUUCUAGUCUGACUAAGAACCGGAAACGACCGUGCCAUUGGGGUCUUAUUUGGAAGAAGAAGGCUACUGAUGAUGGCUUUGAAUUUCGAUCUAAAAAUGUCAUAUUCAGGAGCACUUCACAUGGUACGAAUUUACCAAAGCCUGAUUGUCAAUUGUGUCAAAAGCCAUAUAAUCCUCAUUUGAUGUACAUCCGCUGCGAAACUUGUCGAAAUUGGCACCAUGCUGAUGCUGUUGAACUUGACGAGUCAAAACUGUCAAAUUUGAUGGGAUAUAAGUGUUGCCGUUGUCGCAGAAUAAAAACACCAGUGUGCCCCUAUGCAGAAAAAUUAACAAAGAAGCCAGAUGUAAAGAAGCCAGAGAUAAAGAAGCUGCUCAUUAGAGGUCCGAGGGAAGAGACUGUGGUAGCCGAAUCUGUUUCUGAAGCCAUUUCAGAGCAGGCUGAAUCAUUACCUUCAACUCCAAUGUCUCUGACGGAGGAUGAUGUAUAUAUUCAAGUGGAUGAUCCUCUUUUGUCUGUUUCAAAUGUUGAAGAAAUACCUGAACCAAGCACAGACGUGCAUUCUGAAUGGAACACCCCUUAUGUUCCAGGCCCUCAAAAACUUCCAAUUAGAAGGCAUAUAAAGAAUGAAAGAGAUGAUGAUGGGCUUCUUUGGAGUGAUUAUUCUGUUGGACAAAUACCUACAGAGGUGGAGACAAAAAACGUUGCUGACAUUCAUUCUGAGUGGGAUGUUCCUAAUGGUGGGUUUGAAGAUGGAGCGACAUUGGACUAUGAUAACUUUAACUAUGACAAUACUGAUUAUGAGCCACAGACCUACUUCUCAUUUACAGAGUUGCUUGAUGCCGAUGAUGGUAAUCAGUUUGGAGGAGUUGAUGUGAGCCAAGAUGCCUGGGAAAAUCUGCAGUGUGAAUAUUCUCAGAAUGGAUUUCCCGAGCAUUGUGAAAUAGGGGCUUUUGAUGAUUUAAUACCAACAACAUCAGCGACAGAUGUUGGUUGUAAUGCUGCAACAGACGUUAGUUGUAAUAUCUGUUUGCAGACAACACCCAUUCCUGAUCUUGCUUGCCAUAUUUGUGGUUUACAUUUUCACAGCCAAUGCUCCCCUGAAGACGCUGAGUCUCGGAGUGACAGUUGGAGAUGUGGCAAGUGCAGGGAAUGGCGUUGAUGACAGUAUCUCCGAGAUGCAGUCUUUUGAUCCUGUUCUAGAGUCAUUUUUAGGACAUCAGUAAAUUGAACGGAUUGUAUUUUCAACAGUCUCUGAGAUGCAGUCUUUUGAUCCUGUUCUAGGGUCAUUUUAGGGCACAGUUAAACAGACUGUAUUUUUUGCGCUGGAAGCCAAUUGUACCAUCGAAAAUCUCUGCUCGGUGCUAAUGGUGAUUGAUUGGAGCACAUUUAUGGUACUGAAGAGAUCCACAGCCAGUUGAGCUUUCAUCAAAUACUUUGUACUGCUCACAACUCAAAACAUCAAUUGAUUGCGAAUGAAAGAGGCUUCAGUUGUAAUAACUACUGAGGAAAUUUGAACUAUCCUAGAUAAGCAGGAGGUGAGGAACAGAGAUUAUUAGCGUAGAUUUUUGGCUCUUCUAUAGUGUGGAUGAAGCCUAGUGUUAAUUUUAUACCCAUAAAGAUGAGCUAUUUUUGGUGUGCUUAUCUUGCUCGAGCUGCUUGUGUAAAUCUUGAAAAAUUGCAAGGAUCUUUGCUAACUGAUAGAUAUCAAAUUCCUUAUAAA